AUGGGCAUCCUUGCUGUUAGCGUCAUGCUAGAGGCUCUCAAUAGAGAUGCCCAACAUGCUACUAUCGCCAAGUUCAUUCAAAAUGAACUUGACGCUGAACGCGAGAAAUUUGAACUGUUGCGACAGCAGCAGGCUGCUGCUGCUGGUGGGUCGAUGCACUCGCGUCGACCCGAGACUUUGAUGAUUGACAUCUCCAAGCAUAUAGGAGUCGAAGAGGACUCUCUCUUGAGGUGGUUCGUCGAAUUAGAUGACGCCAUAAGGGCGCGUCGCAUCGACGACGGAGAUAUGCAAGUUGCAUUUGCCCAAUCAAAUCUGGCAGGACGUGCCAAGACUUGGGCACUGGGGCUCAAGUUGCACGACCCAUAUGCGUUUGGGUCGUUGGAAGCCUUCAAGUCGCGGCUCAAAUAA